AUUUGACAACCAACCAGGAAUAUGGCCAAGGGAAAAAGUGGUAGGAAACAAGUAUCAUUCGACGAUGUUGAUGUAUCUGAUUUAGAUGUCAAACCAGAAGUCAAUGAAACUGUAGAGAAACAACAAGCCAAACCCACAAAGUCAGUGGUACCUCAACUUAAAAACUCGUCGGUAUUAAUCCCAUUCCAUAACUUGUUUGUCCUUUGGCAAAUGUUUCAAAUGGGAUUGACUGAAGACAUUGAAGGGACAAUGACUUCAGGAUUGGUGAUACUUUUGCCGUUACAGUUAAUCUACAAUUAUUUAAUUAUUAAUCAGAUGAUAUUGUCGAAAAAAGCAAGCAAGAACUUGAAUGUACCAUUAUUAAUUAUUAGUAGUGUCUUGGUAAGUUUGGUGUUAUCAAUACCGGUAUUUGUAAUUGUUAUAUUUAUGGGGGCACCAAUCUACAAGUUCACAAUCAAGAGUUUCCUUUUGGCAUUGCAUUUAUCACAAUUAAUAAUCAAUCCAAUUGCUAUGUUGUAUACUUUAGAUUUUGAAAAUUUCAAAAAAUUGUUCUAUCAGGAUUACAUUUAUAGAGAGAUAUUUAGCAAUGUGGUUUUGUCUAGCUCUUUGUUAACGGUUGGUGGAUGUUGGUUAGGUGUUAUACCAAUUCCUUUGGAUUGGGAUAGACCAUGGCAACAAUGGCCAAUCACAUUAUUGGUUGGUGGAUAUGCCGGAGGUGUUUUCGGUGGCGUAAUUGCAUUAGUUGUGAGAAAAGUUAGAGGCUGUUCAGAGAUAUCUGUGUGAAAGUUGUAUAGUUAUUUAUCAAUGCAUAUUAUGAGAGACAAACAAAACUUACGUAAUCUACCGUAUAUUCCACUCCGGCUACUAAAAAAAAAAUCGCUCGGAGUUCGAAGUAUCCGUAACAUCCUCGAAUAAGCCAAUUGGUUCGAACUAAAACCGAUCGAUCGACUCGUAGUAAUAUAAUACUAUAAUAAGGGAAUUUUUCUUGUAGUCCCUCGUGGUACGGGGCAUAUCUACAGCCAAUAGUUUUCUCAUUCUGGGGGCCAGUACGGUGGAAUAUGCGCGUGGGGUAAAGAGCCAGCAAUAAUUGUAUCU